GUGUGUCAAACGUCGUUUAGAUUUUUGAGGUUAAAAAUAUGAUAAAGUAAUUUUAUUGAAAAUGAAAAAAAAUUGUGGUUUAUGUGAUAAUGAAGGAAAAUAUAAGUGUCCCGUUUGUGUUAUUGAAUAUUGUUCCUUGAAUUGCUUUAAACAACAUAAAGAGAAUCAAUGUAAUCCCCACACAAAAGUGAUAGAAAAUGGUGUACAAGAAGAUAAAACUAAUCUCAAAGAGAACGAAUUUUUUACUCAAGAUACUGUACCUGCAGAAAAACUUCAAUUAUUAGGACAUGAUAAAAAUGUGCAAGCGCUGCUUCAAAAUAGACACUUAAGAGAUUUUCUAAAAGAAAUUGAUCAAUCUUCUAAUCCUGAGCAGAUCAUGCAAAAAGCUAUGAUGGAACCAAUUUUUGUUGAAUUUGUUGAUGCAUGUUUAUUAGUUGUUGAUAAUCCUAAACAAUAGUUGUAGAUAUUUAGACUGUACACAAUGAAAUAAAAAUAUUCAAUAUCUCGAA